AUGGUGGAGGACGGGGGGGAGGAGGGGGCGGAGGGGGAGAGCGGGGAGAUGCCGGCGGCCGCCGCCGCGCCCCCCCUGCAGCGCUGCAACGGCUUCCUCCCCGGCCUGUCGCGGCGGCGGCUGGCGGUGCUGGCCGUCUUCAGCUGCUACUCGCUGGUGAACGCUUUCCAGUGGAUCCAGUACAGCAUCCUCAGCAACGUCUUCGCCGGCUUCUACGGCGUCUCCUUCACGCAGAUAGACUGGCUCUCCAUGGUCUACAUGGUGGCCUACGUGCCGCUCAUCCUGCCCGCCACCUGGCUGCUGGACGCCCGCGGCCUGCGCCUCACUGCCCUGCUGGGCGCCGGCCUCAACGGCCUGGGCGCCUGGCUCAAGUGUGCCAGCCUGGCCCCCGGCCGGUACCCCCUCACGCUGGCAGCCCAGGCCGUCUGCGCCGUCGCCCAGGUCUUCAUCCUGGGGCUGCCCUCGCGCAUCGCCUCCGUCUGGUUCGGCCCCACCGAGGUCUCCACCGCCUGCGCCGUGGCCGUGCUGGGCAACCAGCUUGGCACUGCAAUUGGCUUUUUGUUGCCUCCUGUUUUGGUUCCAAAUACACCUGACGAUAUCAAUCUAAUGGCACAUAACAUCAGCAUCAUGUUCUAUGGAACAGCAAUAGUGUCCACGCUUUUGUUCUUCUUAACAGGAGUUGUGUUUGAAGAAAAGCCCAAAUACCCUCCUAGUCACUCUCAAGCUGUCCUGCAAACCAUGCCUCCCGAGGAUUACUCCUACAAGCAGUCGAUUAUUAACUUGUUCAAAAAUAUUCCAUUUGUACUUUUGCUGAUCAGUUACGGUAUUAUGACAGGGGCAUUUUAUUCUGUCUCCACGUUAUUAAACCAGAUGGUAGUAACUCAUUAUGAGGGUGAAGAAGUGAACGCUGGGAGAAUUGGCUUGACACUGGUGGUGGCAGGAAUGGUGGGUUCGAUUAUUUGUGGUUUGUGGCUGGAUUACACUAAAACAUACAAGCAAACUACUUUGAUUGUUUACGUUCUCUCUUUCAUUGGGUUGCUGGUAUUUACUUUUACCCUGGACCUCGGAUACCUUAUAGUAGUGUUCGUGACUGGAGGAGUACUUGGGUUCUUCAUGACUGGCUAUCUCCCACUUGGGUUUGAAUUUGCUGUGGAAAUUACAUACCCAGAGUCUGAAGGCACUUCGUCAGGUCUCCUUAAUGCAUCAGCACAGAUAUUUGGAAUUGUCUUUACACUUGUUCAAGGAAAACUCACAACAGACUACAGUCCUCGUGCAGGAAACCUCUUUCUUUGUGCUUGGAUUUUUGUGGGCAUUAUCUUAACAGCCUUAAUAAAAUCAGAUUUGCGAAGACACAAUGUGAAUUCGGGGAUUAUGAAUUUGGAUGUUAAAGCUGUACCAGUUGACAGUCCUGUAGAACCUGAAAGUACUACAUUAAAAAUACAGUCAGCUUUAUAA